AUGAAGGAAAGCGAGCUGAUAUUGGCGCGAAAAUUGGAGCACAUUCGGACUGUAAUACAGAAAUUGAAGUGGCAGGAGGAAGAGGAGGUGCCGUCUGAGUACGACUUUGAUACUUUCUGCUGUGACUUUGACACGGACAAUAUUUAUAUUCAGCGCAUCUUAGAGCUGCUGGUGCGGGAAACUGUCCGUAGCCCCCGACGCCAGGCGAAUGCUGCCUCGGUGGAUGUUUCCGUCGCUAUUUCAAACUAG